CACGAGGUGCGUUCAACAUGGAUGUAGUACCUGUCGCUAGUACCUGUCGCCUGAUGGUUGUGCGACCAUUUGCCAAGUUUAGCUCAUGGUUUCCGAUUUCAGCGUGUUUCGCGUCCUUUUUGUGCCUCAUUCGCUGCAGAAGGUCUCAAGCAUGAGUGUUUCGACUGUGUACGAUGAUGUUGUUGCCUCGGUUUUCGAAGAACACGACGCCACGGAAGAUCCUUACUUCCUUGACGUAGAUGGAAGCGAAGCAUGUGAGGAUGCACCAGCUGAGGAUGGAGAGCCUGAUGAGCAAGAAGAGCGACAGCCACAGAGGAUCGAAGAAGCUCCUGAGGAGCAAGAUGGUGAACACCACCAGGAUAGAGAAGAAGAAGAAGCUUCGAACGAAGAAGAAAAAAAGAUAGUAGCUUUAGCAAAGAAGCAUCGACCAAGGGCCAUCGUGAAGCAUCGGCCCAAGCGUCGGCCCAAACGUCCUCGUGAAGCAUCGGACGUUCAACUCUCGGAGGAAGAGACAGCUGUGGCCCUUCGGCGGCAGAUCGAAUACUACUUCAGCGACGAGAACCUGAAAAGAGAUAGCUUUUUCCAUGAAAAGAUCUCCGCCAACGCAGAAGGUUGGCUCGAUAGCUCCUGGAUUUUGGGGUGUAAACGGGUGAAGAAAUUGGGAGUGACAGCUGACAGUGAAAUCGAAGCAGCGCUUCAGGAGUCUGAGUUGGAAACACAGUGGAUAUCUGGAGAUGGUGAUGAGAGCCCAAAGAUGCUUCAGGUGCGGAGGGAGUUGGGGAAAGCAUUACCAGAGUUGGGUCCUGUGCCUGUUCGUUGUCUCCGCCCUGGCUGGCUCGCCCAGAAGAUUGAAGGGCAAAGGCAGAGCAAAGAAGUGGAUGCUGCGGCUGCAAUGGAAUCUCAUCCCGAACCCGCUCCGGUCAAAGUACCUGCGGUUGGUGAGCUGGUGAAACUCAUUGCAGGAGAGCACUCAGGACAAGAUGGUCAGGUGUUGGCAAUCGAUGGAGAGGAAUUGACUCUUUUGGUUGGUGGUGCGGAUGUGGUGAUCGCAUCGGUGCGUGAGAUUCAGCAGAGCACCUGAAGGCGAGGUCGAGGCGACGGCAAAGUCCGCAGAGGCGAAGCGAGGAAGAGCACCGUUGGACCAAGUCUUCGUGCAGCAGUGAAGAAGUGCAUUCAUGAUUCGAUGGUUUGUGUAAGACGUGAAGGAUUUGACGUGCCAAAGAUUGCGCGUCAUCCAAAGAAGGAUACACCGUUUCCUCGGGGGAGUCAAAA